UUGCAGGCGAGAUCUGCAUUCUGGUCUCUCAGUCUCAGUUGAAACGAUCUUCUUUUUUUUCGACUUUUUACGUGUGCGUGAGCCCGAAGCGUUAUUUAGCGGUUUCAUUUUCCGUUCUUUAGUUAUCUGUUCAUUUACUUGGAAGAAAGCCAACGAGGACCUUUUCUGGCAAACUGUUUCUUGGUGGUUGGGCGCUUCUGGUCAGCGUUUGUAAUGUUGAACUCAGUAAACUGUAUCCAAUACGGAAUUUGAGCCUACUGACUACUGCUGGUAGCCCGUAGCCAUCAGAAACCGCCACCCACGAAACCAAAACCGAAGUGAACAAAAACAACAACAUGGCCAAUGCAGCAGGCAAGGCUGGUCGACAGCUGGAGGGCGAGAGUGACACAAGUGCGAAGAAACGCCGUUAUGGCAGUAUUCUGGUCGCUGCGACGCCGGACAUCACGGCCAGUUCCACAGACGGAAGUGAUGAGGGUGAAGUGUUGUUUUCCAGCGAGCGCGAGUGGAGAAGUUUCGCUACGGAGUAUAACUGCCUUGUACGACUGGCAAAUGUGGCGCUCCAUGCCAAAAGCAAAGACGAGCCCAUCAUAGUCCACUUAAAGGAAAAUCAGGAAGACAAUGAAUGGAUGAUCGUUAUCGAAAAUACCAAAGAAUUUCCAAUCGGAUUAAAAAUCAGUGCGUUCUCGGUCCAUGACUUUAAGUACGUUGAGAAGCCACUGUUGAUCAUCACACCGACCGCCGAAUUCUUCCAGCGUAUCCUGGACAGUGCUCGCGCCAUCGCUGGUCGCAUUGGAAACAAUGGCGACGCUUCGGCCCGCUGCAUUCUCAUUAGUUUCGAUAAACGCUCAUCUUCGAACUUCUUUGUAAGGUUUAAACGAAGAGUUAAAGAAGGGCGCAUUCAUGCUGAGAAGUUGCCUGAAGAGGACGAAAAGAAAUACUUGGAGCAGGCCGGUGGCGCUGACGUCAGACUGGCCGCGUCUUUGUCGCAGUCGAAAGGUGCCCAAUCUUCUAUAGGCAUGUCGAAUUCAGAGCAGUUGGCACCGUCUUGCCCGAAUCCAUUCCACAUCCUCGUUGAUCUGCUUGGAGUAGCGGCAUUUCUGGGAAAAGACGCGAUGUUCUGUUUCGUGCCGUCCAAGAGAGUUCUGAAAAUCUGUCCCAGUCGGUACGCUCGUCCCAAGAGUUGUAUGACGGUUGACGUUGGAAAAUUUGAAUAUUAUCAGUAUGACCACAGCACCGGCGCUUUGCGCAUUGCCUUCAAUGACAUCAGCGCUGCUGCAGAUAUCGCUCAGGAAUUGAUUAAAUUGUCUGAUGCAAAAAAUCUUAUGGAGCCUGGUUCUAACAAAUUGCUUUGCGGAUCGGCUUUGCGUGCAAUUCUGAACGAGAGUGUCAAUCCUGUUUGGCUGCACGAGGUUUUAGCGGGGAUAGGUAUUCCUCGUGAUGAACUGCCGAAGGAUAGUUUGGCCAAAUCCCUUUUUCCGCAUAUUAAAGGCAUAGGACUUCCUCGUGCUCAUCAUGUUAAUGGAACGUCAGUGAAAGGUCCAUUGGAUAAUAUUGUACCCUUGGAUAACUUUCUCCCGCCCGAAAAAUCGCAUUUGAAUCCUAUUUCUGUCCUCACUGGCCAAAAUAAACCCAAGACCAGUUGGCCUGCAAUGGUUUCUGCGCCAAAGGAUUUUCGGCAAUCAAAUGGAUUACUACCGCCGUCAAACAAAGGUUCUCGCAUGUUCGAAGCGUCUCAACAUCAGACACUGCGUAAAGAUACAUCCACUGAUGCACGAAACCAUCGAAGUCUAAGUCGUCGGAUUAUACCUUCCGUUGUUUCGGCGGCAGACUAUGUUCGUUCGUCGUCUGAGGAGGAAGGAAGAAAUAGCUUACAGUCCGUUGGCAAUAAUGUGGCAGUAGGGCUGAUGAAGCCGGGUGAAUUCUCUUCGGCACCUAUUAUGGUUAUGACCCAGUCGUCUGAUUCAACGCAACGGUGCCCCGUUCCACUGGACAUUAGCCUCGAUACGCUUGGCGUGGCAGGGUUUCUGGGCAAGUCUGCUAUGAUUUCAGUCUAGCGAGAGAGGAGAGCUAUUAAAAUUUGUCCUAGCCCCGAUAGGCGUCCAGAAGGUUGUGUUUAUGUGGACGCUUGCGCUUUUGAAUUUUACCAUUAUGAUCACCGCUCCGGCGCUUUGCACUUGGCUUUCAGAGACAACCGAGCCGCGGAAAUAGCAAAAAAACUUACUGAAUUAUCCGACGAAAAAGAUGCUUUGGUUGGGGACCGAAGAAUGAGUAAAUUUCAUGGAUCGGCUUUGCGGGCGAUUGUAAACGAUGAUGAGCGUGCAGCUGGUUGGAUCGAAGCCGCUUUGAUGGGGAUAAGCGUUCGUCGUGGUGACCUCCCUACAUGCGACCUGGCUAGCGCUUUGUUUCCCGGUUUUAAAGGUUUCGCAUCUCCACUUGGACAGACCGUAUGUCUUAAAUUAUCUUAUUAUAGUAUUAUUGUUUGAAUUUCGCUAAAUCGAUUAAGUAAUUGCUUAGAACGGCCAGAGAAAUGUUGUUAUAAGCGAUUUUCCGGGUAAGAGAUAUUUUUAGAAAACGAAAAGUUUUUUCAGUUUUUCACAUAGCUUCUACGGUAGAACCGCCCUAAUGCCGGUCGUUUUAAAGUGUAUCUUUCCAUGUUUUUCUUCAGUGUGUGAAUACGAUGUCGUUUGGUUAUAAUUCGUAACAGCAGAAGCUACAAGGAGAAUUAAAGUGAUUAAAGAUUUGCAUUAAAAAUUAAACAACCCAUUAUAUACAGUACUUUUCAUAAGUUUUCUGCGUACACAAUCUGUAUUUUCAUUUGUACGUUAACAUCUCUCUCUCUGAUUUGAGUACAGACUGUACAGUAUACUGCGUACGA